GGAUGUUGUCGCCAGGCAUCUGACCUUUUGCCUCAAAGUCCACACAGACGAUUCCACAGGAAGUUAACUCUCAGCCAUGGCAGUCCACACGAGAGAAGCUAAAUUAGAUCUGGUCACCAAACACAUAAGACCUUUUCCUGAUUUCCCAAGCAAAGGAAUACUUUUCAGAGACAUCUGUCCAAUUCUCAAAGACCCGGGUGCAUUGACCGCAGUCAUCGAUCUUUUUGAGGAACAUGUGAGGCAGACUCAUCCCCAAGUAGAACUGAUUGUCGGUCUGGAUGCUCGGGGAUUUCUCUUCGGACCCCUUCUAGCCCAGAGGUUAGGAGUGGGAUUUGUGCUGGUCCGGAAGAAGGGGAAGCUCCCAGGGCCUACAGUGUCUGUGGCAUACAAACUGGAGUAUGGAGAGGCCGAGGUUGAGGUCCAGGAGGAUGCAGUGGCUCCAGGAGAGAAAGUGCUGCUCAUCGAUGAUCUACUAGCCACUGGAGGAACCCUGUGUGCUGCCUGUGAGCUCAUGAAGAAACAGAAUGCAGAGGCCACCUCCAUGAUCAGUGCGGGUUUCUUCUCUGCCACAAAGACGUUACGCAGGAUCCGAGCCAGUUCCUCCAGCCGUGACAUCAUCACAAGGCGCUCCUCCUGCUGAGGGUUCCGGGUCAAGGCAGCUUGGAGCUUCU